CUUGCAUCCAAAGCCAAGUGCUAAAAUAAGAAAAAAAAAAUGACAUUAGUAAUCACUAACCUUCCUUACGAUUUUUAACGACAAUUUAGUUGUUUGGUUAUAAUAGGUUAUGUUAUUGUUAUUCAUUGGUAUAAAAUAAAUUGAAAUAUGGGAUAUAUUUUGUAUUAUUGAUAUGAAUAUUUAAUAGACCAAAGAGAACAAGAAACACUAUGUGUAUGAGCCCACAGUCCAGGCUGGUGCAACACACCAUUGACCUGAAUUAUGCAAACAGGAAGAGAUCAACUUCUUUGAAAUGGAUCCUGGUGAACAUAGCAUUACUGUUGGUGUUUGCAUAUGACUUAUGCUACAAGUGCCCGGGCUACACGUCGGCGCUGCACUACGUGGAGCUGUGCUGCGCCGGCGUGCUGGCCGCCAACGCCCUGCAGCACGGCCUGCGCCUGGCCCGCGCGCGCCCCGCGCCCCCGCCGCCCGCCGCGCCCCGCCGCGCGCCCCCGCGCCCCGCGCCCGCCGACACAGAGCCCGACGCCGACGUGUCGCUGUCGCCGCGCCGCGUGUGGCGAGCCGACGCAUCGCCGCCCCCCUCGCCGCCCUCCCCCGCCUCGCCGCGCGCCGACCGCACCUCUCCCGACCAGUUCAUCGCGGACUCGCACAGCCUGGCUGCGUAUUUAAGGGACUACUCGGAGCGACUGCGGCCAGAGCCGGCGGCGUCGAGCUGGGCGACGAGCGCGGCGGGCGCGGGCGCGGCGCACUACCAGCUGUCGGCGCCGGCGGCGGCGGCGCGCGCCGAGCACGAGCCGGCCGCGCCCGCGCCGCACGUGUGGCGCCGCCUGCACCUGGAGCCGCGCCGCCUGGAGCAGUGGAACCUCAACCUGCGCCUGUGGCUGCACGCCACCAUCCUGCAGCGCCUGGUGCGCGAGCUGGCCGCGGCCGACGACGCGCUGGCGGCGGCGGGGCUGGACGCGCGCAUGGGCGCCGCCAGCGUCGAGCGCCUGCGAGCCGCCGCGGCCGCCGCGCCGCACUCGCUGCAGACGCUGCCGGCGCUGCUGGCCUACCUCGAGCCCUUCGCGGAUCAGCGCUACGUCGUGCAGCGUAUCAAAGGUCAGUUAGGUACUCUGUGCAUUUCCCUCUACAGUUGGAAUGGACGAACGAUUGUGGUCGAGGUUGUCAUUACCUCGUUACGUUGGCAGGUAAUUGAAAUAUCUAUUUUAAUUAUUUAACACUUUUUUGUAUUUAAAGUCGGUUUUAUUAAACGUAGUUUUUUUUAGAAACACAAAAUGAUAAAAAUGAGUCGCAAAAUGAGUUGAAUAGGUAAACGAGGCUGUUAUUUAACGAAUGAGCUCGUUGCCCAAAGAGGUGACGCAAGUGACGUGUCCCUUUAGAGCUGGCGCGCGGCGGCUGCCUGAGCGCGUACCGCUGGAACGGCGGCGGGUCGGAGUGGGACGACAGCAAGCCGACGGACGCCGAGCUGGUGAUGCACCUGCUGGCCACGUACCUGGACGCCGCGCUGCCGGCCGCGGGCUGCGCGCGCCCCUUCAGCUCGGCGCACCUGUCGGCGGCGCCGGAGCCGCCGGCGCGCGGGCCGGGCGCGCUGGCCGUGCACCGCGUGUCGCUGCGGCCGCCGCAGUACGCGCUGGUGCUGGGCGGCGACACGGUGGAGCCGGCGCGCGGCCGCAACAACCUGCUGCACACGCUGCUGCUGUUCCUGGCGGCGGCGGCGCGCGCCGACCCGCCCGCGCUGCGCCGCCUGCAUCUCGGCCGCGCCGGCCUCAACAUGCUGUGGAUCAUCGGCCGGUGACUGCCCCAUCUCCUUAAACCGAUCGACGACCGGACGAAACUAACAGACCUACAAAUUGUUCUUUACGAACUAGGAACGCAACAGAAACAAAUCGUUCUGCAUCUUGGUGUUACUAAGAAUUGUCAGCAGGUUGUUUCAAAUAAACUGUGCACAGCUAGGAAGAUCAAUUUGAGCAGUUGAUUAUUCCGGUUGCUGCUAUACCUACAAAUACUGGAAACGUUAAUCCUUACUGCGCGAGUUAAACUAGAACUUAGUCAAUUGUCGUUGUUUGUUAUUGUAAUCGUCAUGUCACUAGUACUUAUGAAAGUAAAACGAUAAAUUUGCAAGGAGAGUCAAUGAAACAAAAAGCUGGAACAGGCCAUCUCACAGUAUGA